GUAACUGAAAACAGAAGCAUCGUUUCCCGAUCAUUGUUACUCCAUGUAUCAUGGUUCGUUUAAAAUGUCAAGCACGACAAAAUGAGGUUAUUUCUCGUUCUCGUAGCAAUCGUUUGUUCUUCGUGGGAUCGGGGCGAAUGUUUGAUGCUUGCCAGCGCGAAUAAGAGUGUCGAUCAGCAGCUCGAAUACAGACCGGAGGGACCGCUGGUGAUGUGUAAAUUUCUGCCGAUAGAGUUUAUAGAAUGUGAAGAACCGAUCGAUCACAAGGGAAACAAAACUGCCAAGGAAGAGAUAGGUUUCGGUUGCGUCAAGUUUGGAGGAUCUCGCUAUGAGGAUGUGGAGAAAACUAAAGUGUCGUGUACGGUAUUGCCGGACAUCGAGUGCUUCGGACCAAGAACGUUCUUUCGCGAAGGAGUACCGUGUAUAAAGUACAGUGAUCACUUUUUCGCAACGACUCUCUUGUACAGCAUUCUGCUGGGCUUCCUCGGCAUGGAUCGAUUUUGCCUCGGCCAUACCGGGACAGGAGUGGGCAAACUGUUGACAUUAGGCGGUAUGGGUGUUUGGUGGAUUGUCGAUGUCAUCCUGCUAGUGACAAAUUCCUUACAACCCGAGGACGGUAGUAACUGGAAUCCAUACGUGUAAUAUUUUAUUACUUUAAAAGAAAACAAAAAAAAAAGAAGGAAAGCAAGCAACUACUUUUUUGUAUAUAAUUUGUAAUUUAUUUGUAAAUAAACCACAAUGUGACGGUACUAUAA